AUGUCAAAAAUUUCACAUGAUAAAUUUCAAAAAAAUUCUAUUAUUGUUUUUCAGGAAGUUAAAUUAUACAAGACUGCAAGAGAACGAGAUAGAUAUGAUAGUUUAGCAGAAUUAUUUGCGUUAGUAAACACUUUGCAAUGUUUAGAAAAAGCUUACAUCAAAGAUUCUGUGACACCUUCAGAAUACACAGCGGCAUGUUCUAAGCUGUUAGUGCAAAUUAAAGCCGCCUUCAAACAGGUCCAAGAUGAUGAACAUCCAACAAUCGAAGAGUUUACUAGAAAAAGAAAAAUGAAUUGUGCCGCAGCUCUCGAAAGAAUUAAAGAAGAUCGCCCAAUAACAAUAAAAGAUGAUAAAGGCAACACUAGCCGAUGCAUUGCUGAUAUUGUAUCAUUGUUCAUCACGAUCAUGGAUAAAUUGAGGCUUGAGAUUAAAUGCAUGGACGAGUUGCAGCCAGAUUUGAAAGAAUUGUAUGACACAAUGAAUAGAUUAAGUCUCCUUGAUUCUAACUACAUUGGGAAAUCAAAAGUUUCAGAAUGGCUGUCUGUAUUGUCAGUCAUGCAAGCAUCCGAUCAGUUAUCUGAACCACAAGUCAGGCAGCUUUUGUUUGAUCUGGACAGUUCUUAUCAAGCCUUCAAUCACGUAUUGCACAAUGUUUAG